AUGGCCGCGUCAAGUACGAGCCGUAGUAAUACCCUUGAUUCGCAGACUUCUGCACCAUCCGCAUCGCAGCUCUACGCUGGAGGAUAUAACUCAAGUGUAAAUGGUAGUCAAACCAGUUUGCACCCACAAGAUGGCCAAGACGACAGACCUCACCCUUCCUCCACGCGGACACUUGGAGCAGGCAACUCAUCGUCGCCGGCGAUAGCAGGUUUGGGCACUCCGACUUCUUCGACCGCCGGUCUUUCGGGAUUGGUAUGCAAUGUCCAUCGGACCACAGGACGCGAACCUCAUCCUCUUGUUGGCGCAACCACCACUAUUUUGGGCGAUAAGCUGUAUGUUUUCGGCGGGAGGAGACUUUCGCGGACGAGGCCGCAACUCACCUCUGACCUGUAUGAGCUGGACCUAGUAAAUCGACAUUGGACAAAGGUCGAUGCUAAAGGAGAUAUACCGAGUGCGCGUUAUUUUCAUAGUGUGUGUCCGCUUGGAGAUACGAAGCUGGUCUGUUAUGGAGGCAUGUCUCCUGCGAGUCCACAAUCGAACCAGGCAACAGCUGUGCUGCAGGGAACCCCAGCAGACGCGCAACCUGAAGUGGUGGUCAUGUCAGACAUACACAUCUUUGACGCUCCCACUCGGACAUGGAUGCACGUAGCCUCAGACGAGGCUCCUCAAGGUCGUUAUGCUCAUUGCGCAACCAUUCUGCCGUCCUCUGCAGUUUUCAGUUCUACGAGCGCUGCUAUUACCGCUAUUCGGCACAACCCAAGCUCUGGUAAUCCAAAUCAAGGCUCAUUAGGAGUACAGCUGGAAGGCGAUGGUGGCGCAGAGAUGGUAGUUGUUGGUGGCCAGGAUAGCGCGAAUCAUUACAUUGAACAGGUCAGCGUUUUCAACCUCCGAAGUCUGAAGUGGACGGAGACAAGUACACUAGGUAGGAGCUGUGGAGCCUACAGGAGUGUCGUCGCUCCUCUUACCAGCAUAAAUCCGAACGAUAUAGGUGCCGGAUCAAGGCAGAGCAAUGAACCCCGGACGCCUGAUGGCAACAGCUCAAGAGCCAACGGACAGUCAUCGAUGCUCAUUUACUCGAACUAUAAUUUUUUGGACGUCAAGCUCGAACUACAAGUACGGCACCCCGAUGGCACAUUGUCCGAGAAGCCUAUGCAAGGCAACUUUUCACCACCCGGUCUACGAUUUCCAAACGGAGGCGUCAUAAACAACCACUUCGUUGUCAGUGGUACGUUCUUGACAUCUUCGAAACAAGAGUAUGCGCUAUGGGCUCUGGACUUGAGGACACUAAGUUGGGGCCGGAUAGAAGCUGGUGGCAAUAUCUUCAGUCAGGGAAGCUGGAAUCGAGGAGUCUUAUGGAAUCGCCGCAACAGCUUUGUCAUCCUCGGUAAUCGCAAGCGAAGUCUUGUGGAAGAUUAUAACCACCGUCGAAUUAACUUUUCGAACAUGUGCGUGGUCGAACUAGAAGCCUUUGGGCUCUACGACAAUCCCCGAAAGGUGACUCCCAACUCGGCUUUUCGGUCCGUCAGUUCUCCACCACAACAUGAUCGCUUGGAUCUGUUAGCAGGCGGGCGGACAUUGUCACCUGUAGCGACCGAGCUUGGUCAGAUGGCUUUGGGCAUGCGAGAGUUUGCCGACAUGGACUUCCUUGCCAUACAUGGCGAGCGCAUACCCGUCAACUCACAUAUCAUCGCGCGUCGUUGGGGUCCAUACUUCAAUCAACUUCUUCGUGAGAGCACUCGCAGUGAAGAAAAGGAGAGCGCAGAUGCAGCGACACUACGCCCCACAGCACAGAUGCAUCCCUCGCGAAACUCGAGCAUAACCAUCACACCAUCGAUAAGGACGAAUUAUUCAGCCGCUACAACGCUCACCGCAAAUACCAUUACACCAUCUGAAGCAACGGCUGUAUCUUCGACGUCGUUCUCGUCGUUGAGUCCACCAGACCCUUCGUCACAACCUCCUUCCCAACGACCACGAACACUGUAUUUGCCACAUACUCAUCUUACACUCCAAGCCCUAAUCCACUUUCUUUAUACAUCAGCUCUACCAUCACAACACUCGCAGCUCUGCACGCCUCAAAUACUCUGCUCCUUGCUGCAACUCGCACGACCUUAUCAUAUCGAUGGCCUUCUCGAAGCCAUCAUUGAGCGACUCCACGUUCUAUUAGAUAACAGGAACACCGCUGCCAUCUUCAAUGCCGCAGCCAUGGCAGCCGGUGGUGGCUCAGGCAUCGCUUUCCUUGGCGUCAACGGUAUGUCCGCACCAAACGGUACUUCAAAUGGUCUCCACGAACCAUCAUCCAGCUCCGCUGGUGGUAACAGAAGCUCUGGAGGCGAUCUGGAGCGCAGUCUUGAUGCUGGGCUUCGCUCACUGAGGCUCAAUACCGACGUCGAUCGCGUUCAAGACGAUGAAGUGAGCUCGGCGGUAUCAGAAACGACAUCUGCUUCCGCUUCCGACAGUGGCUAUGGUGAUGGUAGUGGAAUUUCCGACCGAGAGGUUUGGAGCGGCGAAAUGAGCGCCGUCGUAGGAUUGCAAAAACGAGGAUUGAGGGGCCUCAUGGAAGGAAGACGGAUUCGUGAGAUGGGAAGAGGAGGAAGAGAUAGGAGUAGAGAUGAAGGUAGUGUUGAUGGUGUGGGCUUGGGGCUGCAAGGCACUUAA